AUUCCACUUUUACACUUAACCAGACUAAACCGGUUUCAAGGAGAUACAGGCGACCAACCACAGAGGCUAUGGCAGACCCUCAAUAUGGUUACUCGGGUCAGACAGGCGCUACUCAAGGAGGGUACAGUUAUGGAGGGUAUGGUGGUGCUGAUGCCAGUUCCUAUGCCCAAUCGUAUGGUCAGCAACCACCUGCAGUGAAUUCCUACGAUCAGCAAGGAGCGUAUAAUUAUGACCAGAGUUCAUAUGCCCAACCAGGAGCUGCUCCAGCACAUGCACCUCCACAGUAUGGACAGCAGUCAUAUGACUAUAGCCAGACACCAGCUCAGUCAAGUUAUGGUCAAAGUGCUCCUGCAGGAGGAGGCUAUGGACAGCAGGGGACUGUCGGUGGCUAUAACCAGUCUGCAGGCUCAACUUAUGGCCACAGUGGCAGUGCCAGUAGUGGCAGCAAUUAUGACCAAGGGGGUUUUGGAGGAUCGCAGCAAAGUUCUGGCUUUGGAAGUAGUUCCCAAGGAUAUGGGGAUGCGGGCUCUUCCCGUUACCGACAACCUGCUGGUGACAACGCAGGAUUUGGUGCUGGCUCCGAUUAUGGCCGGUCAUCAAGCGGUGGGAGUAGCAGCUAUGGGGGUGGAGGACGAGAUAGUGGCUAUGGUGGUGGACGUGGUGGAGGAGGAGGCAGUGGUGGUGGUGGUGGUGACUUUGGUGGAGGCCGAGGUGGUUACAACAAAUUUGGUGGUGGUAAGUGUGAUCUGGGAUGCAACUCUGGUCCUGAUCGUGGUGGAGGAGGAUUUAGUGAACGAACCCGUGGUGAUAUGGAAAUACAGCAAGACACAAUUUUUGUUUCUGGCAUGGGAGAUGAGGUCACAGAAGAGGGUCUUGUACAGCACUUUGGUAGCAUUGGAGUUAUUAAGAUGGACAAACGAACCGGUAAACCUAAAGUAUGGAUCUACAAAGAUAAGAAUACUGGUGUUCCCAAAGGAGAAGCAACAGUAACAUUUGAUGAUCCUGGUACUGCCAGUGCUGCUAUUAAUUGGUUUGAUGGUAAAGUUUUCAAUGGACGAACCAUCAAAGUGGAAUUGGCUCAGCGUCCUGUUAAUGCAGCCUUUGGUAGAGGACGGGGCAGAGGCGGUCCUCGUGGUGAUAGAGGAGGUCGUGGUGGCGGUGGCUUUGGGGGUGGUGGUCGAGGUGGCAGUGGUGGCAGUGCUGGUGGUGGUGGAGGAGGUGGACAAGGAUCUGGAAGUGGUGGCAGUAGUGGAGGAAUGAGUGGUGGUGGAAGUGGAGGAAGCAGUGGAGGUGGUCACAGCAGAGAUGGUGAUUGGACUUGCGCCAACCCAGACUGUGGCAAUACCAACUUCCGGUGGAGGAAUGCUUGCAAUUUGUGCAAUGAGCCACGUCCUGAUAGUGCAGGAGGAGACAAUGGUGGAGGAGGAGGAGGUGGUGGUGGUGGCGGUGGAGGAAGAAAUGGGGGAGGUCGUGGUGGAUUUGGCAGUGGAUCCAGUCGUGGCAGCUUUGGGAGUGGCCGUGGAGGUGACCGGGCUGGCGGAUUUGGUGGCAGCAGUCGAGGCGGAGACAGAGGUGGUUUUGGAGGCCGUGGCGGUGGUUUUGGGGGUGGUGAUCGUGGCGGACGUGGAGGUGGCUUUGGUGGAGACCGUGGGGGAUUUGGCCGAGGUCGAGGAGGACCCCGAGGUCGUGGCGGUGACAGGGAUGGUGGAAGGGAUCGGGGAGACAGAAGGCAAAGACCUUAUUAAAACAUUUGGUGCAUGUCCUUUCACUAUGGGAAAUGAGCAAGACAUUAUUGGGAGAAGCAGAAUGGAAUAAUUGACUGAACUUAAAUGUAGUUUCACUAGCAGAAUGGUCUUAAUUGAUGUUUUUGUUUUAUUUCAUAUGUACACUUGUAAAAGGCUGUUUUUAAUGAAAACAAUUAUGGAACAUUAAACCAUUUUGUUAUCAUCAU